UUUGUGUGGUAGAGGCUUUUGUCAGCACAAAGAAAUCUUCGUCCCAAUUUCGACAACUCUCGUGACGUCAGGUGCUUGUUAAACAUUCUCUCCCCUUCUAAAGUGUGCUGAAUGUAAAAGUGUAAAAACGGACACUUAAAAAUAAUAGGCUCCCAUUUUUUAGGGGGUUUUGAAAACAAAUUAUGUUUUUAAAGGCGUUCAUUCACUGGUGUCUGACUUCGGUUGUCCUUGGCUCUGUGAUAUAUAAUCCUGAUGUACGGAUAUUCCGUAGGGUGGUUAGCCAGCCGAUAUUAAUACCACCAGCGGAAGCUACAGCGUUUAGCACUGAUGGUCAAGGUAUUGGUCAAGUAACUGGCAUCGAUGUGGACUCGAAUGGCGAUCUCUUUGUGUUCCACAGAGCCGAUAGACCCUGGACUACCAGCACGUACAAACCAGGCAGCAAUGUCCUAUCAAAUGCGGCUCUUGUCCCCAUUAACCAAGAUACCAUCUACAGGGUAGAUCCCAACACUGGACGGAGACUGUCGAGUUUUGGCAAAGAUUUUUUCAAUGUGCCGCAUGGACUUAAGAUAGACAGCCAGGACAACAUUUGGGUCACUGACGUUGGUCGUCAUCAGGUGUUCAGGUUUAAGAAAGGAGCGACCACGCCCGACCUUGAACUAGGAGUGAAGUUCUACCCCGGAAAUGACGACACACACUUCUGUAAACCAACGGACGUGGCUAUAGCCAGCACUGGCGAGUUCUUUGUAGCUGACGGGUACUGCAACAGCCGCAUCAUCAAGUUCUCCAGCAGCGGUCAAGUCAUCAGCAAGUGGGGCGUGCCAUUGACCAGAGCCGUGUCACCGUACACACUGAACCUCCCCCACAGCAUCACGUUGGUAGAGGAGCUGGACCUGGUGUGUGUGGCAGACAGGGAGAGCAGCAGGGCAAAUUGCUACAAUGCUGGGCUGAAAGGGGGAACAACUGGUAUAUUUAACAGGACGAUUAUCCCACAGAAUCAGGCGGGGAAAAUCUACGCGGUUUAUUACAGUAAAGCAGACCGUGCCAUUAUCGCCGCUGGAGUUACCUCCCAGACCCCCAUCAGCUACUGGGGGAGAGUGACGUAUCCACCUCGGGCCUACACCUACAGCCUGACUGGUCAGCAGAUUAUGGCCUGGGCCCACAUCACACCGACCAUCGCCAAGAACGGCGAAUCACUCAUCCAUGACUUGUGCACGUCAAAAGACGGUAAGGAUUUAUUCUUAGCUGACCUUGACCAACGCCGAGUCUAUAAAUACACCUAUCGCGUGCAGUAGGCUCAACUGUGACCACUUCAACAACUUCUGCAACAGAAACAUGUCCCAACACAUUUAGCUGCUCUAUAAGCUGGUUCCACCCACAUUUGGUAAAAGAUGGAUUUUGGUUAAAAAAAAAGAGUAUUUUUUUAAAAAAUUCGAUUAUAUUUAUCGAUGUUAUCGAUUUUUAA